CUGAGGGCUCGGGGAGUGUCUGGGCAGCGCUCAAUGUAACAAGAGGCAUGAGAGCGGCUUCAUUUACUGUAUGCAAUGGCUCUCAGAACUGGGGAAUAAACUCGAAGGGAUCUGAGAAAAAAGCAUGCAGUGAGGGAGGCAUGGACCACUUUGGAAUGGCACCGGAGCUGAAACAGAGAGACGUGGGAUUGUGUGAGGCCGUUUCUGUAGCGUUGAAUAGCAGCAUUGUGGACGUGGGUCGGAUGACCUCUGGUGUAACUGAUAUAGGCAGUAGUUUAUGAUCUUUGCAGCUCAAUCAGCCCGUUAUUACUUUUCCAUAUUUAGUCACCGAGAUGGUGUAAAUUGCAGUUGUUAAUGCCAGUUAUUUGUUUUUAGGGUUUUUUUUUUAUAUUAGUGUAUUAACACACCGGUAGCCUGCAGAUCGUGUAUUAAUUGUUGGCUACAUUUGUCAGCCAUAGUGUUUUAAUAUUUGGAAUAGCUUGUCCCGUUGUGUUUAUAUCUGUAUCGUAUUGCAGAAAUUGUUUUCAUUUUUUGUAUUCGAUUUUAGCCAGAUCCGCUAGUUUUUUUUAUUGUGACAUCAUCACCAUAACUUACUAUUGUCGGCUAUUGUUGAGUUUUAGGCUUUCUUUGUUCAUGUUUUAUAACUGUGUAGUGCAGCUGUCGUUUAUUUUUAUGCGUGUAUGUAAGUCACCUGCACUUGUCGGUGUUAGAGCUGGUCUGUUGAGCUUUAUUUUCGGCUUUUACAUGUUAUUUAUUUCGUAUCAUCAGUUUUAAUCAUAUUAUUAUUACCACUCCCUCUCCUUAAAGGGACACUGCAUAUAUAGUGCCAUGUGCAACGCCGGUCUCUGUUGUGAUAAUUGUUACUGCUGAGAGCUGUUACGCAAAGCAGGGUACGGUGGUGAGAUGCCAGGGGCAAGAGUGACGGGUGCGGAGGGUGCCCAACGUAAGUCGGGGGUCAGCGAGGGGUUGGUGGGCUACGCGGGCGUGACGCAACGCGAAGAAGAGGCAGAUGACGAAGGCGAGGAUGAUCUUCGUGACGGAGAUGUCCCGUUCUUUGUAAACCGAGGGGGCCUGCCCGUGGACGAGGCCACGUGGGAGAGGAUGUGGAGGCAUGUGUCCCGCAUCCACCCUGAAGGAGAUGUGAUAGGGAGAAAAAUAAGGGGAGCCACCGACCUGCCUAAGAUUCCGACACCGAGUGUGCCUACGUUCCAGCCUUCAACCACUCUGCCAGAUCGCCUGGAAGCCAUACAGAGAUACAUCAGGGACUUGCAGUACAAUCACACUGGAACACAGUUCUUUGAAAUUAAGAAGAGCAGGCCUCUUACUGCGCUGAUGGACAUUGCCAAGGAAAUGGUCCGGGAGGCUCUGCCAAUUAAGUGUUUAGAAGCUGUCAUCCUGGGAAUUUACCUCACCAACAGCAUGCCUGGGGUGGAGCGUUUCCCUCUCAGCUUUAAAACUCAGUUCUCAGGGAAUUGCUUCCGGCACAUUGUGCUGGGGGUGCACUGCGGGGGGCGCUUCGGGGCGCUGGGUAUCAGCCGGCGGGGGAACCUGAUGUACAAGCCGCUGGUGUUCCGCACCCUGAGCGACCUGGUCCAGGAGUUUGAGGGAGCCUACCGAGGCUACUGGCACUCUCUCAAGAAGGUGAAGAUCGGCCAGUACGUGUCCCAUGACCCGCACAGCGUGGAGCAGAUCGAGUGGAAGCACUCCAUCCUGGACGUUGACAGGCUGACGCACGAGGAGUUCCGCAAGGAGCUCGAGAGGCACACCCGAGACAUGAGGCUCAAGAUUGGAAAGGCUGCACCACCUUCCCCUACCAAAGAACGGAAAAGAGAUGUAGGGUCCCCUCAGCGGAGCCAAUCCAGCCCUCACCGAAGAAACAGUCGCGGGGAAAGACGACCGUCGGGAGAAAAGAAGCCUUCUGAACAAAAAGCCGCAUCAGACAUCAACGGUUACCAAAUCCGUGUGUGAAGAAUGCCCCCUGCUCCAGCAGUAAUACUUGACAACUCCCAGCUGAGCGCCUUCUGCACCUGGCACUGUGACGAGAGCAUAUCUCAUCCAGGAGAUAUUCACAAGGGUCUGCAGGCGUCCUUCGCUAAACGCUAACAUUUUAAUGGGAUGAGGCCGGUAAUAUUUAACAGUAAAAAGUGCUGUUAAAAAAAAAAAAAAAAAAAAAAAGAAAAAAAAAGACUAAAUCCUUUUUAAACAAGCGAGUAACUGAGGGCACAUUUUUUUAAGCUGCAGUGGCUCGCUGUUUUCCAGUGAAGAUUAAUUUUAAAAUUGAGAGCAGCAGUGUAUAGUCUUCAGAUUUAAGUUCAAAAGCAGGCCAUACAGGUUAUGAAUAUAAAUUUUAAUUCUUUCCCAUUUCUAAAAUUCUGCACCCUCAGUAAAACCACAAUUUAAAAAAAAUGCUUUCCACCCAACUGUAUAGAUCUAAUUGAUCUUUUGACCGGGUUGAGGAAUAUUUUGAAAAUACGCUUAUAUACUACUUCUGAUGACAGCACCUGCUCCCCUCAGUUAGGUUUGGUUAUGUCCAAGUGUGUGUGCUGCAAAUAGAACUAGGUUAGAAUUAGAUGGUUCUAUUCAAGCUUAAUGGAGUUUGGGCUAGACAUGAACUUUUUGGUUGUUAUGAUCUUCUUCAGGAGUCUGAGGACUACAAUGUAUAUUAGUCUUGUCCCACAUGGUAAACAAAAUGCCAGCUGUGAUUAAUCUAUAUGUUAACAAUCAUGUGAAUUCAUAUAUUAAGUCACUUUAUAAGACCCUACGAUCAAAACACCAUAGAUUGAAAAUGGAAAGGGUUAAAUCCAAUCUAGUUUCAGAAGUUUCCAUUCCUGAGAUUCUGACAAUAUUACAACAGCAGUGCAUGAUUCAUUAGACCAGACAGACCUAAAAGCUGAGCUGUUUAAAAUGAGUGACGGGGAAGAUCUCACAGUAAAAAAUCCCACAGUAAAAGUGAUACCGCUGUCUUGAACUAGGCAGAUUCCACCAACUCACGUGUUUCUUAAAUAUAUGCUAAAUCUCUUAAAACUACCCUUGGUAACUAGUGUGUAGGUUAUCUAAUCAGUAUUAAAGUAAUAUAUUCAAAAUCGCAAUUUCUUCUUACAAAGUCAUUAUGCAAAAGAAUACAAAAAUCGGAAGGACGUGGCUCAAUGUUACAUAUUUGACAGCGAGUUGACAUUUUAAAAGCUUACACUUUACAAUGGAACACAAUCCCCUGUAUAUACAUGAGUAGCAGCGAGCCCCUCAUUUGAUAACUGAAAUGCCUUUUGUACUUGUAACUGAUAAGUACUGCAUUCAGAUAAAGGACAACGCUACAAAAAUGUUAGCAUGCUGCGUGGGGCAGCAGUAAUGCUGGAGAUGUGUCCUUUGAAUGUGAUACAGAAAUCAAAUCCUGAUUGCAGGCAUUUCCGAUAAUGACUGGUAUGAUUGGUCAAGGCUGAAAAGAGGAAAUGCAACACUAACCCAUUAGAGUUUCUUAGCGUUGUUCACUAAUUCUGUGUCUGGUAAUGUUUCACUAACAACGCUUUUCAAUCAGGGUAGUCCCUGCAGAACUGUUCUUUACAGUAUUUUAAAAUGUAAAAAAGGUUUACAUAGGAAAGUGUCGUCUUAAUUAAAGUUAUAAGUACAGCAUAGAAGUACUGUCCUGCUUGUGGUUUUAAUCCAAUUUUAGAUGAUAAUCAGCCUAAAAUUAUCAUUGUAGGCUUGUAAAGUGAUAUUGGGCAAAAGGUGCAAAGAGAAGUUUAUUUACAGUACACAGCACAGAGAAACUGUCUACCUGAGUAGAGUUCAACUCCAGGAGCUCAUUCAUUUUAAAAAGACAAUUACCAGCCCUGUUCUGUGCAAUUCCACUAAUCAAACAGUGAACUGUGAACAGUGGUCACUGUGUGGCAAAACAAACACAACUUUCUUUGAAUAAAAAAAAAAAAAAUUAUAAAAUGGUGUAUUUAAUAGUGCUGAUCAGCUGCUGUUAAUGAGAGCAUAAACAGUGUAUACUUUGAAGAGAUGUUUGUAAAAUGACUUGAGAGUAUUAGCUUGGGACACUGAAACGAUUCAAUUAAAAUGUGCAUUUUUUGGU